CACUCAAGUCGCGAUGAGCAGUAUACCGAGUUUGUAGCCGACCUCGCGCCAUUUAUCGACUUUUUUCUGGCUAGCUCGUGUGCAGUGUAGCCGCCGUUUCAGCUAAUCCUUGGCUUUGUGGCUACUUCUCCAGUGAGGGCCUGGUGGUCGAGGAGGAAAGGUAACAAGCGGCAAUUGCAGGCUGUUCCUCCUCCUCCUCCUCCUCCUCGGUCUAAACUGAAACAAUAAAUGUUGCGAUCAGUGGCCGGGGCAGUUGGAGGCCGAUAAGAAGAGGAACCCUUUUCAGUGUGUCGUUCGUGAGCGCGCUGUUCGGAUUGCUUUCAUUUCAUUCGCUGUCAUUUCGUCUCCCAAUUUCUCUCGUCCUUAACUUUUGGGACCGUUGCUCGAGUGCCGUCAUUCUAUGAGUGUUUCUGGGGACUUGACUGAAAUCUGGCCAGAUUCUUCCUCCUUCAUCUCGAGGCAGUUGAGAGAACAUGAAUUGCACUGCGGAGGAAGGGCAGUGGUGGUGGUGGUGGCAGUCUCUAAGUGCCAGGUUUUGGCACCCGGAUUUCUGGUUGCCAUUGGGACUCACCUGGGAUGACCUCCGCUCGACCGAAGACUUCCAGUAUCCCGAGUUCGCGGACGUCUUGGUGUACCCUAUUGCUCUGAGUGCCGUGUACAUCUUCCUCCGCGCCUUCAUCUUAGAGCCAAUAUUCAUCGCGCCCUUAGCGCAGGUUGUGGGAAUCAAGCAACGUCAGCCACCUCCCGAAAACAAAACGUUGGAGGAAGUGUUCCGAAGGUUCAGAAUAGCCCCCUCGAAGGAUGUCCUGGAGGCAACGUCCAGCUCGUUGAACAUGUCCGAGCGUCAGGUGGAGAGAUGGCUCCGGCGUCGCCACGCCUCCUUCCGUCUGAGCAAAUACGACAAAUUCAUGGACUGCGCCUACGACCUCGUGUGCCACUCCUGCUUCUGUCUCUAUGGAAUUUCCAUCAUGAAGGUCAAGCCCUGGCUUUGGAAUAUAACGCUCUGCUGGGCGAACUAUCCCCACCACAACAUUGACAACGACAUAUGGUGGUAUUAUAUGUUGUGCUUGGCAUACUUCUGGUCCACAACAUUCAUGCAUCUGCCAAGACCAGGACGCAAGCUCAAUGACACAGUUCCAAUGGUGUUGCACCAUUUGUUCACCAUCCUUCUGAUGAUGUUCUCUUGGACCUGCAAUUUUGUUCGGGUUGGAAGUCUAGUGCUUGUUGUCCAUGAGUGUGCCGACAUCCCUCUGCUAGCAGCUAAAAUGUGCAAACACGCCGGUGUAGAGUCUGGCACUGACAUCUUGUUUUUAGUCUUCCUGGCAUUGUGGGUCUUGACCCGUUGUGUCAUCUACCCCUUCUGGAUCAUGCAUAGUGCCUUCUUUGAAGCCACGACCUAUAUGUUCAUGCCAUCAGCUUAUAUAUUUUUAGGGUUAUUGACUGGACUCUUAGCCCUUAAUUUGUUAUGGACUGGGCUGAUUCUAGGCAUUAUUUACCGUAAAGUAAGAGCAGGUAGAUUAGAAGACUUAAGGUCAUCUGGUGAAGAAUAUUCAGAAGUUGAGAUAGAAAUGAGAAAUGGCAAAAAAAUACAUUGAUGGUGCUGUAGCAUAAGAGGGUAUUCUGUAUUUAGUCAAUUUGUGAAGUCAAAAGUUUAUUACAUGAUAGCUCAGGCAUUGAUACUGAUAGUUCGUGUUCCUACCUCUGUGACUAGUGAUCUUUCCAGUGAUCUCAGAUCUCAACAUUAUUAAGGACUUGCAAGCAAUGAAGCACUGUUGUAGAAGUGUUAUAGUAUACCUUGUAAAUGUACAAAUUUAAUCCUCUUGUACUCCACUCAGUCACUGGGUCAUUUGUUCGAAAUAGAUUGUUUAUUUUUUCACAGAAAACACCAGUUGUUAAGGAAUGAAUUUUAAAAAUCUCAUGUUUGAAAACUAGUUGAAGUAAUACAACUGGAUGUUACAAUCUAGUUGAUAUGCAGCGCUUAACAGGUGGUGUUAGUGACAUUCCAGAUACUGGUCAAAGAAUCGAACUAACUUUAGCAGCAACAAAUCCUUAGGAAAAAGAAAGUUGGAUGACUGUGCUGAAAUUUUUCUGGUUGUGUGUAUCCAAAAAAAGAAAAAAAAAAAAGAUUCAUCAGGUAGUAUUCUGGCACUGUUUUCAUGUUAGAGUGGGUGAAGACUUUUAAGUUGUCUUUUCUGGGUUGAGAAAGUACAUGGAGUUGAGUACUCUUACUGACGACCUACGUGAAACAGUAGCCAUAUUUUACAACAGACAGUCAUCUGUUACUUACGAAGAUUCCAUAGCAAUGUGUCAUUUUAAUGGAUUUACCACCUACGGAAAAUUAUAUUUCAAUUAAGUAGGUGACCCUUACUCUUGCUCAAUAGUUUUGCAUGGCUUGAAGAUGUAGACAGUCGAGGUUGCAUGUUUUGAUGAAUUGAAUGAUCUUAGGCUAAUUGCAUCUCAUUAAUAACUUUAUUAAUCCAAACGCCAUAGGUUAUUAGUACAACAAUGGAACACUUGUGACAAAUUGUCAGUGACUGCCAUGUAAUAGUAGUAGUUCACAGUAUCUAACUAAAUAUCCUCUUUGUAAGACAUUAGACUUUCCUACAAGAAGGCUGGGUCAUGAUCUAAUUACCACUGCCAGACUUUGCUAAUUAACCAAAAAUAUUUCAUAUUUGUGACAAGAAAAACAUUCCUUAUUCAUUCCCACUUAAUCUGUAGAUUUAGUUAUCGAUAAUCCCCAAAAAAGAUUUAGAAGAUGAUAAUGGUAUUUGAUGAAUUUCUGGGAAAAUGACUUCAUAAAAUGCUACCCAAAGUCACGAUUAAUUUUUUCAUUUGCUUGAAAUCAGUUCUUUGUUGCUAUAAAAGAAAACCAGCCCAAUAAUCAUUCUCGGAAAAAAGAGAAGAAUUUUGGGUCUGUGGGCUUCGUAGGAUAUGGGAUAAUUGAGAGAAGAGGACCGUUUUCAGUGGUAGGAAUUGGGAUCCACAGUGAUAGAAGACAAACAUGAAUGAGUUACGAACGAUGUCUAGUUCAGGUUACCUUGCAGAAAGUACUGCAGAUUGCAAACAUUGUAACCUAAUGCAAAGAAUGGUUGCUAAUCAGUUGUUAUAACUGUACAGCAAGCAGUGCUCGUUUCCCACUGCUGUUACGUUGUAGUGAUAAGAAUAAUUCCUCUUCUGGGUAACUGUGUAUUGUAGUCAGCGUCGCGAAAUAAUUUCUUUGGAAAGUAAUGCCCUUCUGAGUGUUUCGUCAAGUGGCCGGACGACCCAACGUAUUCACGAUUUUAUUCUCUCUCUCUCUCUCUCUCUCUCUCUCUCUCUCUCUCUCUCUCUCUCUCUCUCUCUCAUUAUCCUCUGAAUUACAGUCAAGUGAAGAUGUGAGCACAAAUAAGCUUUGAAGAGUUUAUCCUUUCUCAAGUAAAUGAUCUUGUAUAACGCUUCGUAAUGUGUAUAGAAUAUUCUAUAGGUUAUAUAUUUUGCUUUUUUUCUCAUUGGCACGCAGUCAUUAGAGCAUUAUUCGGCAAUUCGGGAUACUGUGCAUCGCCGUGAUUUACCUUUUCCGAAAAUACGUCUAACAUAGUGACAAUUUCACUGCUGGUCUAUGGGAUUAGAACAAAUCUCAAAUCACAACAAAUAUUUUGGAGAAAAACAUGCGAAUUGAGAUUCUUUGAACAAUAAUACAAAAUAAAAAAGAAAACGAAGGGAAAA